AUGCGCCUGCAGCCCUUACAUUGGAGCCAGAACCGACGGCCGAGGUGCCGCCGGCGUCCCUGGGAAAGCGACGGUCCCGCCUCCCAGGCCGUCCUCCGAGCCGUAACGAGUGCAGGGCGCAGGCUGAGGACGCGCAGCCUCCCCGGGUGUCCGGCCUCGCGCUCCGCGCCGCUCCGGCUCGACGCGCACCCGGCCCUGCGCCUGCACUCGGUCUCGUUCCGCCGCACCCCUGCCGCCUCCGAGUCCCCCUGCACCUUCGCCUUCCCUGUCCCCGGCUUGGGGCCCCCGCUGCCCGCCUUCGCCGAUGCGCCCGGCGCCGAGUCCGCCGGCUGCCCUCUGGCCUUCAGGUUGGACCCGUUCACCGACUAUGGCUCCUCGCUGACCGUCACGCUGCCUCCCGAGCUGCAGGCGCACCAGCCCUUCCAGGUCAUCCUGCGCUACACCUCGACCGAUGCCCCCGCAAUCUGGUGGCUGGACCCAGAGCUGACCUACGGCAAUGCCAAGCCGUUCGUCUUCACCCAGGGCCACUCUGUGUGCAACCGCUCCUUCUUCCCAUGCUUCGACACGCCCGCCGUCAAGUGCACCUACUCGGCCGUCGUCAAGGCCCCGUUAGGGGUCCAGGUGCUGAUGAGUGCGACGCGGAGCGUGUACAUGGAGGAGGAGGGCGUCUACCACUUCCACAUGGAGCACCCUGUACCUGCCUACCUCGUGGCCCUUGUGGCCGGAGACCUCAAGCCAGCAGACAUUGGGCCCAGGAGCCGUGUGUGGGCUGAGCCAUGCCUCCUGCCCACAGCGACCAGCAAGCUGUCGGGAGUGGUGGAACAGUGGCUGAGUGCCGCAGAGCGCCUGUACGGACCAUACAUGUGGGGCAGAUACGACAUCGUUUUCCUGCCGCCCUCCUUCCCCAUCGUGGCCAUGGAGAAUCCGUGCCUCACCUUCAUCAUCUCCUCCAUCCUCGAGAGUGACGAGUUCCUGGUGAUUGACGUCAUCCACGAGGUGGCCCACAGCUGGUUCGGCAACGCCGUCACCAACGCCACUUGGGAGGAGAUGUGGCUGAGCGAGGGCCUGGCCACCUAUGCGCAGCGCCGCAUCACCACGGAGACCUAUGGGGCUGCCUUCACCUGCCUAGAGACAGCCUUCCGCCUGGACGCCCUGCAUAGGCAGAUGCGGCUUCUUGGGGAGGAUAGUCCAGUUAGCAAGUUGCAGGUCAAGCUAGAACCAGGAGUGAAUCCCAGCCACCUGAUGAACCUGUUCACCUAUGAGAAGGGCUACUGCUUCGUCUACUACCUGUCCCAGCUCUGUGGAGACCCCCAGCGCUUUGAUGACUUUCUUCGAGCCUAUGUGGAGAAAUACAAAUUCACCAGUGUGGUGGCCCAGGACCUGCUGGAUUCCUUCUUGAGCUUCUUUCCCGAACUGAAGGAGCAGAGCGUGGACUGCCGGGCAGGGCUGGAGUUCGAGCGCUGGCUCAAUGCCACAGGCCCACCACUGGCUGAGCCAGACCUGUCUCAGGGGUCCAGCCUCACCCGGCCUGUAGAGACCCUCUUCCAGCUGUGGACUGCAGAACCCCUGGAGCAAGCAGCAGCUUCAGCCAGUGCCAUUGACAUCUCCAAGUGGAGGACCUUCCAGACAGCACUCUUCCUGGACCGGCUGCUAGAUGGAUCCCCGUUGCCCCAGGAGGUGGUGAUGAGCCUGUCCAAAUGCUACUCAUCCCUGCUGGACUCCAUGAAUGCUGAGAUCCGCAUCCGCUGGCUGCAGAUCGUCGUCCGCAAUGACUACUAUCCUGAUCUCCACAGGGUCCGCCGCUUCCUGGAGAGCCAGAUGUCGCGCAUGUACACCAUCCCACUGUACGAGGACCUCUGCACCGGCGCCCUCAAGUCCUUCGCACUGGAGGUCUUCUACCAGACACAGGGCCGGCUGCAUCCCAACUUGCGCAGAACCAUCCAGCAGAUCCUGUCCCAGGGGCUAGGCCCCAGUGCUGAGGCCAGUGCAGAGACCAGCGCGGAGCUGGGCCGUGCUGAGGCAGACGCGAACCCAGACUCGCCAGCCCUGCUGCUCGGGGACGAGGCCCCCAGUAGCACCAUCUCUCUCAGGGACGUCAAUGUGUCUGCCUAGCCUUGGUGACUGACCCGCGACCUCUCAGACACCACGAUUGUGCCUUUUUGUGGUCUGGGCCGCCAUGACUGCGCCUUGGCUCUGGCCACGAGCUCUGCCCAGGACCAUAGGCCCCUCCCGUUGGCUCCAGGCCAGGGGCGUGGGGAAAGGAUCUUGUGUCCAUUGAGGCCUGUGGACGAGGGCCCACCCUGUCCCUGCUCUCUUGCACUGCAGGCCCCAGGGCUGGCCAAUACCCACCAUGCCUCCUGUCCCAACACUGACAGCCAUGCCUCACCCUGGAAGCCAGCAUCUGCUAAACACUGCCCUGGGGACGGUGACCCCAGCAGACCCACAGCAACAACCACAAUGUGCCUUACACAUGCCAGAGGCCCAGGAUGCGUGGUCCUGGAAGUGUGCUUUCCUGCAGAGCCUGUGUCUGGCCCCUGGGCUAGACUUGUUUGAGGGACAGGACAGAGGGACAAGGACGUGGGCAUCCCAUCAGUGUAGGGGCAGGGGACAGAAGGAGAGGAUGGACCUCUCAAGCAGGCCUCAGUCUCUGCAGCUGGAGUCCAGGCCGCAGAGGUACAGGGAGUGGCCUGUCCUUGUGGCUACCUGGGUACCGUUGGUGCUCUCCAUGCCUGCCUGCUGGGAGAGGCACUAGGCUGUGGGCUUCAGCCUGGGACCACUGCAGCGGGAAUCAUGAUGACUGUCCCAUUAAAUCUCCACUCUGCAGACCUGA